AUGAGAAGUACUUCCGUUCUAGAUGACUCGGCUCUCCUCGCUCCAGCUCGUUACAUUGAGUCUUCUUCGUCAAAGAAUGUGCGCUCAAAACUUAUCGAUGCAUUCAAAAUCUGGGUGCAGGUGUCCCCUAAAUCAUUAGCAGCGAUCAACGAUGUCAUUAAUGAUCUUCAUAACUCUUCCCUAAUCCUGGAUGACUUCCAAGACAACUCACCACUCCGACGAGAGAGAACAGCAACCCAUCUCAUUUUCGGACCUGCGCAAUCAAUCAACAGCGCCACAUACAUGUUUGCAAAAGCUGCUCAAGAUGUAGACGCCCUGGGUGCUCCUCAGAUGAUGACUGCCAUUUUACAGGGCCUUGAGACGAUCUUCAUUGGUCAGAGUUGGGAUCUAAGCUGGAGACAUCAUUUCCAUUGCCCCACGGAAUCAGAAUACCUCGCUAUGGUGGACAAGAAUACUGGUGCCAUGUUGACCAUGAUGGUUCAGCUUAUGCAAGCCAAUGGCAAAACACCGCCCUUCGCAUAUGGACUUCCACCACUGGCCCGUCUUUUCAGCCAAUGGUAUCAGAUUCGCGAUGACUACAUGAAUCUUCAAGGGACAGAUUAUUCGAAACGAAAGGGGUUCUGCGAAGAUCUCGAUGAGGGGAAAUUGUCCUACCCAAUUGUGAAAUGCUGUCAAAAGAGCGAGACAAUCAAAAACAUCAUUUUCGGCAUAUUCCAACAAACGCGAAUGGCAAACACGAAGAUGAUGCGUGAGAGCAAAUUGCAGAUUUUGGACCUCAUGUCGAGUGUUAUGGCUCUGGAGGAUACAUUCGAUUAUCUUCGGCAGCUGCAACGGGAAAUUGAAUAG